AUGGGGGAAAGCUUCAAUAUGCGGGAGGACGAGCUGUUGUGCGAUGAAUGGUUGGCCACUAGCAUCGAUCUGAUCCAUGGCACGGAGCAAAAGGGCACAACAUUUUCAAAGAACACUUGCAUUUGGUUCCCCGAACACAAGCAUUUCGCCCCCUACUCCGACGCAGUCCUCUGCAACCGUGAAUCAAAGUCCCUCAACCAUCGAAGAUACACCAUCCAAGAGGCCGUGUCCAAGUAUUGCGGGCACUUGAAGCAUGUCAUCGCACGGUGGCCUAGCGUUGCACAAAUCACCGAGCAACCUACUCGUGCUUGUUUGGUGUACAAGAAGUUGGAGAAGAAGAGCUUCAUUGUCAUGCAUUGUUGGUUGAAAUUGAAUGGGCAACCGAAGUGGAACCUUUUUAUACCCAAGACCGCCGCCCAAGCCAUAGAGGAAGAAACCGGUGACCCUACCGACCCAACCCAAGAAUCAUCGAAGAAGGCUAGAAGAUUUUUACGGAGGAAGAAGUGGGAUGAGGAGAGGGAGAAGCGAGAAGGUACUACGGCCAAGCUGACGGAGAGGUUCGAGGACAUCUUGGGGAAGAAGGAGGAGGCAUGCAUGAAACUCUCGGACCUCAAGGAAAAGAGAAAGGCGGAGACACUACUAGGGAAAAGCCUAGUAGCAGCGCGGAUUUUAGGUAUAGCAGUGGCGCGGGAACCCGCCCUACUGAUACGGCGCUACAGCUAA